UAUAUAUAUAUAAAACAAAUCAAAAGGAAAGAAAUAUUCAAUGAAAGGCGGACAUGUUGUUAUGUUGUUAUUCGUCUUAGAAACAACUAUAAUUAUUGUUAUUUGUUGUUAAUGUGGUAAUCACUGGGAGAGAGAGAAAAAGAGCGAGAGAGAGAGAGAGAGAGAGAGGGAAAGAGAUGAACAGAAAACAAAACAAAAAAAAGAAUAACCAUGAAAAGAAUAUAUUCUUCACCUGUUUACAUACUGAUUCAUUGUGACAUCAAUGAUUUCUUUUCAUAAUCUAUUCAAUGAUUAUCAGCAUACUUCUGUAAUGAUAUUGAAUUCUUUUUUCAAUUACUCCGAUGAUUAUUAUUAUAAAAAGUAUUUUUUGACUGAUUGAUUGAUCGAUUAAUUGAUUGAUUGAUUGACUGAUUAAUUGAAAGAUAAACAAGGUGACAGAAAUAUUUAUUAUGAUGUCAGGAAAUUAUACAUCAUCAUCAUCAUCACCAUCACCAUCAUCAUCAUCAUUACCAUCAUCAUCACCAUCAUCGUCUAAUCAAUGGAUAGGAAAUAAAUCAUUCUAUAUACGUGAUAAUACUAAUCCAACCUUACAACAUAUCAUAGAAAGUUGUAAUUAUGAUCCAUUUUCUAAUUAUAACACUAGACUAACUUCAAAAUCAUAUAAUCAUUCACAAAAUCGUUAUGAUACAUUGUAUCAUUCGAAACAACAACAACAACGGCAAAAUGAUGCAUUCAAUUGUAAUAUGCCAAGAAUUGUAUUAUCACCGCCGCCUCCGCCACCGCCACCGCCACCGCCACCACCACCACCACCAUCACAGAUUCAAAAAUCAAUUAGAAAUUAUCAACCUAUGAAUGAAACAUAUUGUAUACCUAAACAAUCAUAUUCACCAUUAAUUAUUCAAAAUAAAUUAGAAACAGAAAAACGAAAUCAUUCUUAUUAUAAAUCAAUGAUAAAACAACAAAAUCCAUAUUAUCCUAUUCAAUAUACAAAAUCAUCAAUACAAAUGAUGCCAGAAACAAUAUUAUCAAUGAAUCGAUUAAAUAAAAAUCCAAUCAAUCAACAUAGAUCACAACUAAAUCCAUGUUUAUCAUCUUAUAGAUCAAGUCAACUAAAUGAAACUCAAUUAAAACCAUCUUUGAAUGUAUUCAACUCAAAAAGAAUAAUAUUACCAGAGAUACCUCAUAAUUCUAUAAUAAAUACAAGUCAUAUAAUGAAUUCACAAAGAAGAACUCAUCCACCUAUAAAAUGUAAUGUAUUAGAGAAUAAUAAUAAUGAUAAUAAUAAUGAACCGGAUAUUUGGAAUAUUGGUUCAUCAACUGGAAUUGGACAAUCAAAAUCUCGAACAAUUAGAUCAUCAUUAUCUAAUCAAAAAUAUAAAUUAUUCAAUUCAUCAAAACAACAAUUAACUCUAUAUCAUGAUGAUAUGAAUAUGAAUCUAAUGUAUUCAGAUAAUGGUAAUAGUCUAAUUAAUACAGAUGAUGAAACUGUUUCAUUAAAUACAAUAGAUGAUAAUAAUAAUAAUGAAGAGAAUAUGAAGUUAUUAAAUAAAUAUUCAAAUUCAUUAAAACAAUUUCAUGGAAAUAAAUAUGAAUUAAAUGGUUCAACAAAAACACUGAUUCCAUCUAAUCAAUUACAACAUCCACUUAGUACUUCAUGUAAAUCAUCAAUACAUUGGAAUAAAAGUCAAACUACUCAUUUAUUGAAUCAAAACUUGAUUCCUUCAGACUAUAAAACCGAAACAAAUCUACCUUUAAAUAUUCAACCAAAUAAUAUACCGGCUACUGUAAACUCAUCUCAAUUUCCAUCUUCAUCUUCAUCAUCAUCAUUAUAUGAUCAACCAACUACACUUAUUAAAACAUAUGGAGAUGAUUCUGGUGAUAAAUGGACAGUUUAUUAUCGUAAUCCAAAUAUUCCUAAUGUUCAUAUUGAAUCAAUAGAUGAUAAUAAUAAUAAAACAACUCAAUUACAUGAUCAUUCUAUAUCAAAUCAAUCUAAUUCAUAUAAAACACUUUCACAAUAUUCAAACGAAUAUUCUUCACAAAUCAAUAAUCAAUUAUUAAUACCCGAUCAAAAAGAUGGAAUACCAUUAAAACAAAUCAAUAAAAUAGUAACUAUGGAAAAUACAACGGAUAUAUCUAAAAAGAAACGUAAAAAAUAUCGAUUUUAUUCAAUCAAACAAACUGAAUAUCUUAUUGAAGCAUUAGAAUCAUUAACAAAUUCUAUAGAAAAGAAUAAUAUCAAUCUUGAAUUAGAAUUAAAGGAUAUUGAUUUAGAUAAUAAACAAUCAUUAUUGAUGUUACAAAAUACCGAUAUUAAUUUACAUAGAAAUUCAUCAUUAACAACUAAAUUACGUCCAAAAAGUUUCAAUACAAAAUAUGGUAUUAUUAAUCGUCAUGAAUAUAAACGUAAAUCAGCUGGUGUAAAUCAUACAGAUGAAUUGAAUCAUAAUCGAAUUGAAAAAGUUGCUGUUGAAGUACGUGUAGUAUUUUUAAAAAUUGGUGAAAUUGAUACAUUGAAAGAAUUAUAUUAUGCUGAUGCAUUUCUUCAAGCCAAAUGGAGAGAACCAAAACUUGAUGGACAUACAGCUGAAGAAUUAAGUAUUACUGAAUUGGAACAAUAUUGGAAUCCUUUAUUGUAUAUUGAUAAUAUAUUAAGUGAAACAAAAGAUACUCAAUGGAUAAUGGCUGUACGAAAUGAAUAUGGUGAAGUUUAUUUAAUGGAACGUAGACGUAUUAAAGGUGUAUUUUUAGAAACUUUAGAAUUAAAUGAUUUCCCAUUAGAUGUACAGGAUUUAACUAUUACUGUGACAACAGAACGACCUGAUACAGAAGUUGAUAUUAUUCCUGAUCAAGUAGAAAUGUCUGCUAUCAAUAUACAAACAUUUGUUGAUCAACAAGAAUGGAAAUUACAUGAACAUGUAGAGAUUAAAAAACGAAUUAUUAAACAAGAAUAUUCUAGUUCAAUGAAAAGUCAUCCAUGUUUAUCGGUAACAUGUCGAGCAGCUAGACGACCCGGAUAUUUUUAUUGGAAUGUAUUUCUUAUAAUGUUCAUGAUUUCUGGUUUGGCAUUUGCUACAUUUGCUGUUUCACCGGAUAAAGCAGAACUUCGUCUACGUUUAUCAUUUACAUUAAUUCUGACCAGUGUCACAUUUAAAUAUGUGAUUACACAAAGUUUACCAAAAAUUUCAUAUUUAACUUAUAUGGAUAAGUAUGUUUUAAUGUCGUUAUUCAUUCUGUGCAUAAUCAGUAUUUGGCAUGCAGUUGUUACAUUGAUUGGUUUAGAUUUUGAUUUACCCGAUUCACCUGGAUUUGGAUCAUCUUUACCUAGUACUUCUACAACUACUACUACAAGUACUACUAAUACUACUGCAACUACUACAUCUGCUAUUAUUUCACCGAAUUUAAAUGUAAAUACAACAAAUCAAAGCCCUAGAUUAUAUUUUCCUAAUCAUAAUAAAUCAGAAUCAAUACAGUCUACUCCUAAUCAUUCUCAAAUGAAAAUAUCAAAUUACAAGUUUUCAAAUACAUCUCAACUAUCAGAACAAAUGAAUAAUUCAGAUGCAUUACCUUCAUUGCAUAAUCUCUCAUCAUUAUCUCCAUUGUCUUUGUUAUCUACUCCGUCUAUGUACAAUAAUCUAUUACAGGAUGAUUCCUUUACACUAUUAUCUAAAACAGGAACACCAUUAAUGACGGCAACACCUGUUAAUCAAACAUUCAACUCUUUAUUAAAAGAACAAAACAAUGGAUGUAGUCGGACUAAUCGUAUGGCAUGUUCCGAUUGGAAAAUGGUACAACAAAUAGAAAAACAUGUAUUCACAUCAUUUGUUACAAUUUAUAUAUUGGCACAUGCAAUUUUUAUAUUUUGGCUUUAUUUCGAUGCAAGUAGACGUAGACGAGAAAUGACUCAGAAGGAUAAAGAUUAUAGAGCAUUUUUACAACGUAAUCGUCAAUGGCAAAAUAUAGAGAAACAAAAAGAUAUGCAUGCAACUAAUUAACAUUCAUCAAUUUCAUUACAAACUGCAUGUUCAUAAAUAAGAAUUAAAGAGAAUUCAUUCAGUAUUUAUGACAAUGUAUAAAUCCAUAUGAUGACAAAUAUAAUUUCUGUUUAGUUUUUGUUUUUUCUUUUUUCUCUUCUUUUUUUCUCCGUUUUUUUUCUUCUUUUUCAUUUCAAUUCAUUUAAACGUCGUCAUGUAGUAACUUGUACUUGUUCCGAUGAUUACGUCAUAUAAGGUUGUAUUUCAUCUAAAAUAUUGAAUGAUCGACUAUGAUGUUUGUAUUUUGAAUUCAUUUCUGGAAACUAGUUAAGUCAAUUGGAGACAUGAAACCAAUUCCAAAGAUCUGUAUCAAAAUAUCCAACUUGUCUGAUAGUUUUCUUCUCUUUUCUUUUUGUAUUGUCUUAUUUUGCAUUGGUUUGCACAUAAUUUCUUAUUUUCUUUUUCACUUGUACUCAUAAACAUAUCUACACACACAUACGUACACGCAUACGCACACAUACACACACACACACUUUCUUAGUCAUAAGGUGUACACUAAUGCAUAGUUGAGUUCUUGUAUACAAACUUAGAUACUUUAAUAUAGAUAAAAGUAUUGACAUGAACUUAUUUUCAAAUCCAUUUAUGCAUUGAGAUGAUUAUGACAUGUACACAAAUCUUUUUAUUUCAUUUAUGAAUAUAUAUGAUAUAUUGUAGUAGAUUAAAGUGUUUAACUCAUCCUCUUAUUCUCCUAGUUACUAUAAGCAUGAUUUUAAUUCAAAAUUUCUCUGUGUUACUGAUGAGGUUUAAUGAUCAAGAAGAAGAUGAAUGAAAUUUAAGAAACAAACAACCAUAAGACCAGUUUACGUUGUAUGAAAGAGUAUUUAUUUAUUUGAACAUAUAAACAUUGGUACAAGGAGGCAUCAAAAACAUAUGCACCACACAGAUCUCAUUUGAUAUGUGUGAGGGCUGGGAUACUGUCCGGGUGCCCAGACCGAAGCAGGUGAUUUACUUAGGGGGCGAAAUUCAGAGGAAGAAAAGCGAAUGUCCGGCGCUUUAACCGGAUCCCAAACCAGUGGUGCACAUGUCCUCCAGUACCCUGAGGGAACAAAUGGUGUAUGAACCAAUGGUUGGUCACCGGCUGCCAUGGGACUGCAUCUCCUUACAAUGCUCCACUGCCUUGUGGGUUAGACCUUUAGGUCAAAGGCUCGG